ACGCUCCUGUGCCAGGAAAGCUAUGUUUGCAGUGGGACAGAUGAAGCAAUCUUUGAGUGUGACGAGUGCAGGAGCCUACAGUGCCAGCGUUGUGAAGAAGAGCUGCAUCAGCCAGAAAGGUUACGGAACCAUGAACGGACCCGUAUAAGACCUGGCCAUGUCCCAUACUGUGACUCCUGCAAAGGUGCCAAUGGGAACAUAAUGCAUGCCAGUAUGACAGGCUCAAGGCAGAUAGCAGCAGUGAGGUGCCAGGUGUGCAAAAUCAACCUCUGCGUGGAGUGUCAGAAGAGAACACAUGCUGGGGGGAACAAAAGGAAGCACCCUGUCACUGCGUACCAUGCUGGCAAAGCCCAAGAGCAGGAAGAGGAGGAGGGGAUGGAUGAGGAGACCAAGAGAAGGAAGAUGACAGAGAAAGUUGUGAGUUUCCUCUUGGUGGAUGAAACCGAAGAGAUUCAGGUAAAGAACGAAGAAGAAUUUAUUAAGAAACUGGACUGCAGUCCUGACCAGCAUCUAAAGGUAGUGUCCAUCUUUGGGAACACAGGGGAUGGCAAGUCUCACACCCUUAACCACACUUUCUUCUAUGGCCGGGAAGUCUUCAAGACGUCUCCAGCCCAAGAGUCUUGCACAGUUGGAGUCUGGGCAGCGUAUGACCCUGUCCGCAAAGUGGUGGUGAUUGAUACAGAGGGUCUCCUGGGGGCCACUGUGAACCUGAGCCAGAGAACACGGCUGCUGCUGAAGGUCCUGGCCAUCUCUGACCUUGUCAUCUACCGUACUCGUGCUGACAGACUCCACAAUGAUCUCUUCAAAUUCCUUGGUGAUGCCUCGGAGGCUUAUUUAAAACAUUUCACCAAGGAGCUAAAAGCUACCACAGCCCGCUGUGGCCUAGAUGUUCCUCUGUCAACUUUGGGUCCAGGUGUCAUCAUCUUUCACGAGACUGUGUACACCAAGCUCCUGGGCUCUGAUCAUCCUUCUGAGGUUCCUGAGAAGCUCAUCCAGGAUCGGUUUCGGAAGCUGAGCUGUUUUCCUGAGGCUUUCAGCUCAAUUCACUAUAAGGGAACAAGGACAUACAAUCCUCCAACAGAUUUCUCUGGACUUAGGCGAGCUGUGGAGCAGCAGCUGGAGAACAAUACUACUCGGUCACCUAGACAGCCUGGGGUUAUCUACAAAGCACUAAAAGCUCUAAGUGACCGGUUCAGUGGGGAGAUCCCUGAUGACCAGAUGGCUCACAGCUCUUUCUUUCCAGAUGAAUAUUUCACAUGCUCCUCUGUGUGCCUCAGUUGUGGGUGUGGCUGUAAGAAGAGCAUGAACCAUGCAAAAGAAGGAAUCCCUCAUGAAUCCAAAAGUCGAUGCAGGUAUUCUCACCAGUAUGAUAACAGAGUCUACACUUGCAAGGCCUGCUAUGAGCGAGGGAUGGAGGUCAGCGUGGUGCCAAAAACCUCUGCUUCCACUGACUCACCUUGGCUGGGCCUUGCCAAGUAUGCCUGGUCAGGAUACGUGAUCGAGUGCCCCAACUGUGGGGUGGUGUACCGCAGCCGACAGUACUGGUUUGGCAACCAGGAUCCUGUCAACACUGUAGUGAGGACAGAAAUUGAACAUGUCUGGCCAGGGACUGAUGGAUUUCUGAAAGACAACAACAAUGCAGCCCAGCGUUUGUUGGAUGGCAUGAAUUUCAUGGCUCAAUCAGUAUCUGAACUUAGCCUGGGACCCACAAAAGCUGUGACCUCCUGGUUGACAGACCAGAUUGCCCCAGCUUACUGGAGACCCAACUCUCAGAUCCUGAGUUGUAAUAAGUGCAACACACCUUUUAAAGACAAUGACACCAAGCACCACUGCCGGGCGUGUGGAGAGGGUUUCUGCGACGGCUGCUCUUCCAAGACCCGCCCAGUGCCUGAGCGAGGCUGGGGACCAGCACCAGUGCGCGUGUGUGACAACUGCUAUGAAAACAGGGGCAUCCAGUUAGAUGUGGCUGAGCUGCCUUCAGAUGAGGAAGGAGGGACACUUAUUGCCAGGAAGGUGGGAGAGGCUGUGCAAAAUACACUUGGAGCAGUGGUGACAGCCAUGGACAUUCCCUUAGGUCUGGUAAAAGAUGCUGCCCGCCCUGCAUACUGGGUACCAGACCAUGAAAUCCUGCACUGCCACAAUUGCCGGAAGGAAUUCAGUAUCAAACUCUCCAAACACCACUGUCGGGCCUGUGGCCAGGGAUUCUGUGACGACCGCAGAGGGGUUCCCUCCCGCGGAUGGGAUCACCCAGUCCGAGUUUGCUUUAACUGCAAUAAAAAGCCUGGUGACCUUUAACCCCAGGCUCUUCUCCAGAUCUUUGCAAUUCCUUAUGUUCUCAGGGUUACAAAUGAAGAUAUCUGGUCUCCCUUAAACCUUUUAACCUGUUGCAGCCAGAGUGCAUGUUUCCAGUUUCUGGCCUCCUCUCGUGUUAUAUCCAUCUUGGAACGCUGGGAAUGAGCUUACAUUCAGCCUCUAGGUUUUAAUUUCAAAUUAACUGGGAAAGGGAGGGAGCUCCCUUGUAAAUGAGAAAACCAAAUCCAGUGUAUUUUAUUCCAAUAAAAA